AUGGCCGACGCCUCCGACCAGCCCCCCUACGGCGACGAGCACCGGUCGGGAGGCGACCCCCGCCGCACCUACACGCCGUACCAGACGGAGGGCCUCAGCGUCCUCUCGACCCGCGCGCUCUACGACCUGCCGACCUCGCCGGAGCUGCUGUUCUACGAGGAGCGGCGCAAGGGCCGCACCUGGGGCGAGAACCUCACCUUGUACACUGGCUGCGGCUACCUCGCCGGCUGCGCGUCGGGAGCGGCCGUCGGGCUGCGCCGCGCUGCGGCGGAGUCCCAGCGCGGCGAGUCCGCCAAGCUCCGCGCCAGCCGCGCGCUCACCCAGUGUGGCGCCGUCGGCCGCGCGUACGGGAACCGGCUCGGCAUCAUCGGCCUGCUCUUCGCGGGGGUCGAGAGUGGCGCGGCAGGGCUCCACGGCGCCGACGACUGGAAGAACACCGUCGCCGGGGGGCUGGGGGCUGGCUUGCUCUAUCGGGCGGUGGCCGGUCCGCGCUCCGCGGUCAUUGGUUGCGUCGUCGGAGGGCUCAUGGCCGGUGCAGUCGUUGCUGGGAAUCAAGUUCUCGAGAGAUACGUGCCUGAUCUGGCUUUAUAA